CCUCGGUCUGUUGAGUUUUCAAGCGAGCGAGAACAAGAAGUGUUAGCUCAAAAGGUGACUUAGUUGUAAGACAGUAAGAUUAGUUGGCAGCUCGGAUAAAUAACGAGAAAAAAUACGUUGAACUUUCAUUACGGUAAGACGCGUGAAUUCGGUUAGAUUUAAUUUAAUAAUUUACUACGAAGUGAACUGAAUUUAUUGUAACAGUGAGUAAACUAAAUUUGUAUUUCUAAGUUAAACACCUAAACUAUUGUACAUUUAUAGCUAAAUAUUACUUAACUGAAUUGUUGGGAUGUACUGCAAUUAAAACUUUGAGGUUAUAUAUUAUCUUUUAGCUACAUUCACUGGCGAAUGACUGCUGUGUGUUUUGCUAUAAAGACGCCGAAACAAGUACGACCAACAAACUAAAAGAUAAUAUCUUCGUGUCAAUAUGCCAGCGGAUGUGGAAUCCACGUCGGUGAAAUACAGUUGCAAGGGAUGCAAUAAUGUGGACGACAGCCGGAUGGUUGCCUGCGAUAAAUGCAAUUCGUGGUGGCAUUACAAUUGUGCCGAAGUAAGUGACAGCAUCAGUGAGAAGGAUUUCAUAUGUAAAUUGUGUGCUGAUGAGGGUGACAGCGUGGCUGCAGCGUCCCUAACCUCAUCAUCCAAAGUCAGAAUGAAUUUGCAACGGCUUGAGGAACAGAAAGCUCUACUGGAGCGACAGUUAGAACUAGAGCAACGGGAUCAGCAGCGGCGUCAUGAGCAAGAAAGACUUCAAAAAGAAGGCGAGUUUGAGAGGAAAAAACUUAAGCUAGAUAAACAGUUCUGUGACGAAAAGUAUCGCGUAUUGAAUCAAGAUCCCGAAGAUGAGAUCGACGAUAUACGGAGUCACAAAUCGCAACAAAGCAGCAUCAGUAUAGUCAACGGGUGGAGAUUCGAGCGACAUCUAGGAGGUGAGGCCAAUUCUACAAUGGCCCCGAACAACCAAGAAACAGCAUCCCGCCAGAUUUCGACUACGACAGCUGCCGAGAAAGGCGUGAUAGAUCAAUGUAUCCCGAUGCAGCCAGGGAUUGAAACAUGUGAUAACGAAGAACAAGUAUUUCCAAUGGAAUUCAAUCGGAAGAACGUGCCCGAUGAAGGAGCUGUCAGAAAUUGUCCGCUGCGAUCAACCGCAAACUCACAGCUUAUUGGAAAUAAGCAAUCUACUCGUCCUCUUGGACAAUGCCAUCCUUUGGGGGAACCAGAUGUACUCUAUCAUCAAUGGAUGUCACGACUAAGCCAACGCAGAUGGUGGGGAUGGAAGCAACCCGCUGGAGGACAGACCAGUUCUAUGGUUCCAGCUAGCCAAGAUACAGCACCUCGCCAAAUGACGACUUCGACAACUGUACCCUUUCGGACGGGAGAGAAACAGGAAGAUGCGGUCGAGAUUAAUCACCCUAGAGCGAAUAUGCAAUUUGCCUCUACGCGUCCAGCUGGAUCAGAUAAGUACUUAGGGGAAAAGUAUAUAUCCUAUCCACCACAGAUGCCGAGAUUGUAUGACGAAUACCAAUGUUCGAACCUUCCGCGUACCAAUCCUUAUUCUGCAAUUGAUAGUGGGCAACGCAGCAAUUUUCCGAAGCCUCAUUAUGAUCCACCAUUUGCUUUGCCAGCACGACAAGCACUUUAUGAACAACCUUUGUCUCAGGGACGGGAUCUCGGACCGCAGCAACUUGCUGCUCGUCAGGUUAUGCCGAAAGAUUUGCCGAUCUUCACUGGCCAUCCGGAGGAUUGGCCUCUAUUCGUUAGUUCAUUUUCUAACUCAACACAAGCAUGUGGCUACACGAAUGCCGAAAAUUUAGUUCGUUUACAGCGUUGCUUACGUGGGCCUGCGUUGGAGGCGGUGCGCAGUAGACUUCUUCUGCCGUCCUCAGUGCCGCAUGUAAUUGAUACCCUUCAAACAUUAUACGGGCGACCGGAACUUUUAAUACACACUUUGUUAAAACGGUUAAGAGAUAUUCCAACUCCCAAACCCGAAAAAUUAGAGACGCUUAUUUCUUUUGGCAUGGCGGUCCAAAAUCUAUGUGAUCAUCUUACGGCUUGUAAUCAAAAUGAUCACUUGAGUAAUCCGACAUUGCUUUUCGAAUUGGUCGAGAAACUCCCAGCGCAUCUAAAACUCGACUGGGCAUUGUAUAAAAGGCAGUAUUCGGUCGUCGAUCUUCGGGUUUUUGCGCAGUAUAUGACUACUAUAGUGUCUGCCGCAUCGGACGUCACUCUCGUUAUUGACUCCAAACCGGUCAGUAAACACGACAGGACAGAGAAGAAGAAUGUUGUAUUCACACACAACGAGGAAUUUACCAAAACGGUUAGGCUUCCUACUACACCCGAGGUAAAUCAGAGAAUGUGA